AUGGUUGCCUUGCGCAAUGCUCGUGUUCGGCGCUAUGUCCUUCUUUGCCAUUUCUUCUGCUUUUGGCAUUUCGCAGCGCGAACCUUACAGUUCUCUGCCCUGCCGCCGAUUUCAAAGCUGUUGAAGGACGUGGAGCACAAUGAGGUGCCAAGCUGGAUUCGGGAGCAAAUAUGCGACUUGGAGUAUGAUGAAGACAUCGCCAACAAGGUGGUAAAUGCACUGUCCGUUUUUCCAAGAAAGGUGCUGACGGAAAUGUCGUAUGAAAACAUAGCACUCGUUUUGACAGAAGCCCAGAUCGACGAGAGCGUUGUGCGACCAGUAGCAAUGGGUCUGUCCAACCGCAUUCAGAAGGGCAUUACCCAACCACAACCCGUUUCUCGGCAAAGAUUGGUUUCAGUUGUUGCCCGAGUUCGUUGUGUUUUGUUUCUCGCUGAUGUGAGACAGCGUUUAUGUUUCUGUGGCUGCUUUGCUGAUUUUCAGGUUCAGAGCGAUGUUCCCGAGAAUGUCAAGGCCUUCGCACGAGCUUUGGAUGAUGCAGAGCUGGAAGGGCAAAUUCUCAGAACGGAAACGGGCAGUUUCAAGUUAGAACAGGACUCUGAAAUUUGGGACGAAAAGCAGUUCUACGUGCGGGACUGCUACAAAGAGAUUGCCGACAUCAUGUUGAAGAAAAAACCUCAUAGGAUGUCUUUGCUGGGCUCGUCUGGGAUCGGCAAGUCCAAUUUUAUGGUAUAUUUAAUCUGGCGUCGCUUCCAAGACAGUGAACUUAAAGACUUCCCAGUUUUUCUGCACCGCGACAACGUCAUCCAUCGGUUUAAGAAGGGCGAAGAGCCAAAGAAGGUCGAUGCCGAUACUUUGUAUUCAGCCCCUGCACAAGCUUUGUAUAUCAUGUAUGCCGACAUUGAUGUGAAGCAUGGGGUCUUUUGCCAGUCUUUGUGGAUUACCUCUGCGCGGAGGCCCGUUACAGCGGCUUCCAACACGGAACAUUUCAAGCAAGCCGAGCGCUUUUCUGGGCAGUUCUUUAUGCCACCAUGGACGCUGACGGAGAUGCUGAGUGCAGAGGUCAUGGCCUUACACAAGCUGAAUGAGGAGGUUGUCAAGGAACGCUUCGGCAUCUUUGGUGGCACUGCGAGGCUUGUUUUGGAGAGGGACGAGACAAGGGCAGGCGUCGACCGAAGAAGGCUCGUAGAGGCCGUGCAGUCAGCAGAUGCGAUGCAAUGCCUUAAAGUAUCGUCUGACAUGAAAGCCAUAAGCAAGAGGACGCACUUGCUGGUGAAGAUGAUGCCAUGGCCAAACUUCAGCUGGUUUGAUGUGCAGUUGUCGUCUCCCUAUGUUCGGCAAGAGCUGGUGAAGCGAAACAGAGCAAAACGAGCCCAAGCUCUUUGGGAUCGUAUUGAUGAUGGGAUGAUUACGGGCAUCGGUUUUGCAUUGUUUGAGGAAGAGUUCCACCAGUUCAUGCAGGACAAGUCCAUCGGCAAGUUCAAGCUCCGAGCCAGAUGCUUGACAGCUGACGGGAAGGGGUCUGACACAACACAGGAACUCCAAGGUGGUCUUGCAGGAGUGCUGAUUUCGGGCAAUCCCGCAGCAGACAUCAAGGAUGGCGAAUACUACCAGCCGCAGAGCAAAAACUUUCCUGCCUUUGACUCAUGGACCUCACAGGGCGUUUUUCAGCUGACGAUUGCCGAUACACAUGACAUCACCUUCAAUGACGGUGGCAAGGCAAUGGACGUGACGAAGACGCAGGCGUAUAAGAUUGUGGAUGCACUUUGCAAGAAGCAUGACAGCAAAGCCAAAUUCUUCUUUGUCGUUCCGCAGUUUCAGUUUGAUAAGUGGAAGACUGUGCAGACAGUGAAACAGCCAGAGAUGGCUGAGAAGAUUGAGCAAUGGGUUGUGUGCUUUGAACAGCCUCCACGCUCAGUGCAUCGAGUGCCCAUGAAGAAUGUGGCAUCCGAGGAGCGACAUUUGGAACUUCCGGAGGUGACCCACUUUGUUGAGGAAGAGGCUGAAGGCUGCUUGGAGGAGGGAUGCUCAGUUGAGGAGAUCGAGAACAUCCAACACAAACUGGAGAGAGAUGAAGGCCGAAUCCGCGAGGAAAUCGAAAAGCUGCGGGUUGCGCGAGAAGACUACGACGUUGAUUCAUCAACCGGCAUCGGAAUGCUGCGCGUGGCUUUGAGCAGGCUUCAUGGUCUCAGCGAGAAGCUUCGCAGGAUGUUGGAUGCCCACGGGGAACAGAUGGCCAAGGACUUCGGAGCCUACCUGGCCUUUGGCAACGGCAAGACUGGAGGAUUCCUGACUUUGAAGAAUUUCCCUCAAGCAGCCUGA